UGACGCUGGUCUGGAUAAUCCUGUGCACAACUUCAGAGUUUGAUUGGACAACUUUUGAGGCGCUUUUCAUGCGCUCAGACGCUCCUUUGGUUUUUGCAGAAGGAUCCUUCUCACUUUAGUGAUCAGCCAUUGUGGGCCUGAGGGAGGAGAAAGGAUUUCACUCCCCUGCUGGUUGCUGGAGUUUGUAAUGCAUGGGGGAGAUGUGCUGUCUGAGCCAUGAGGCAUUUGUCCCGGGCCAGGUCGGACUGCCUGCAGCCGGGAAUGGAUUAGUAUCACUCUGAUUCCUGAGACUUUGUGCAUAACCCUUUUUAUUAGAGUGGAAUCUUUAAGUUGGAUGUUUUCUUUUUUUCCCUGAUGUGUAAACUCCAAACAUGAGCAGAUAGUUCACUUGUUGGGAACUUGUGAAGAGAAGAGGGUGAAACAAACCCUCAGCACUUUGAUCAGCACACCAUCCACAUCUCUGAGCUCCAGCUGAGGGCCACAGGCAGCAGAUCCCAGAGGAGGAUGGCGUCUCAACAACAACAACAACCACUGACUCACAUCAUCAUCAUCACAUUAUUGUCUUCCUGCUCCUUAAGCCUGUGCAGCACAGAGACAGAUGUGCCAGAGGAGGAAGGCUUCAGUGCUGAGGCAUGGCUUCGUAAGUUUGGCUAUCUGUCUCAGGCGAGCAGACAGAUGUCCACCAUGCAGUCGGCUCAGAUUCUGUCCAAAGCCAUCAGCGACAUGCAGCGCUUCUAUGGGCUGGAGGUGACCGGUGAGAUGGACCCCGGCACUGUCGCAGCCAUGCGUCGACCACGUUGCGGCCUCCCCGACAGAAACCCAGAGCAGACGGUUGAUGGUGCGAGGAAGAAACGCUACACUCUUACUGGGCAGCAGUGGGACAAAGACCACAUCACCUACAGUAUAGUGAACCAGCUCAUCCCAUCCUCGCUGGGAGAGGUUCGGAUGUACGACGCUCUCCGUAAGGCCCUGGAGGUGUGGAGACGGGUCACCCCGCUCACCUUUGAGGAGGUGCCGGCUGAAAACGACAUCAGGAUCAACGGCAGCCGGACGGAGCUCGCUGACAUCCUGCUGUUGUUCGCCUCUGGUUUCCAUGGUGAUAUGUCCUUAUUUGACGGCGAGGGGGGUUCAUUGGCACACGCCUACUACCCCGGACCAGGAAUUGGUGGGGACAUCCAUUUUGAUGCAGACGAGCCCUGGACACUUGACAACCAUAAUCCAGACGGUAUUGACUUCUUCCUAGUUGCGGUACAUGAGCUCGGUCAUGCUCUGGGCCUGGAGCACUCAGAUAACCCCAGCGCGAUCAUGGCUCCUUUUUACCAGUACAUUCACACUGACAACUUCACACUGCAUGAGGACGACGUCCGAGGAAUACAGCACAUAUAUGGUCCCCCUCUCUCCACUAAUGCUCCGCCCACUUCUCCUCACACCCCUAACAAGGGACCCAAAGGUGACUCCCCAACCUCCCCUUCUCCUCCUGAAGAUGCCGCCACUCCUGCUCUCCCCACUAACCCCAUACCUGAACCUCCCAACCCGACCGACGUCAGCCAGGAUCCCCCGGCCCGUCCGGAGCCAACCCGCGGCCCUAACCCAACUCCCGUCCUCCCAACCUCCACCUCUACCAUCUCAGAGCGUGAACCAGAACCUGUCACCCCGCCGGUAAGAAAAGAUGAUCCUCCUCUUCCACCUGCUCCUCCUCCUCGGCCGCCUGCUCCUCCUCGGCCUCCCAAGCAGCCUGACAACAAGGCCCCCGACAUCUGUGAUGGGGACUUCGACACAGUGACCAUGCUGAGAGGGGAGAUGUUUGUUUUCAAGGGUCGUUGGUUCUGGCGGGUGCGGAGAAACCGGGUCUUGGAUAACUACCCUAUGCCCAUUUCUGUCUUCUGGAUUGGCCUUCCCAGUGACAUCGAUGCUGCCUAUGAACGCCACGACGGCAAAUUUGUCUUCUUUAAAGAGGACAGAUACUGGGUGUUCAGGGAAGCUGAUGUUCUCCCAGGAUACCCGCAGCCAAUACACGAGUAUGGACAAGGAGUUCCUACGCACAAUAUCGACACCGCAAUCUGGUGGGAGCCCAACGGAUACACAUACUUCUUCUCAGGAGACAGAUACUGGCGAUACAGCGAGGAGACCCGGACCACGGACCGUGACUUCCCCAAGCCAAUCAGCAGAUGGGGCCGGAUUCCUCCCUCACCCAAAGGAGCCUUUCUCAGUGACGAUAGUGCUUACACCUAUUUCUACAAGGGCACCAAUUACUGGAGGUUUGACAAUCACAAGACAGAAGCAGACAAAGGCUUCCCUCGCUCCAUCCUGAAGGACUUCAUGGGCUGCACGGGAGCUCCUGACCCUCCGCCCGACACGGACACUGAGCAGGAAGCGAAAGACAAACCAGUGAAGCCCUCAGACCGAGGCGAAGACGAGCACAAAGAGCCGGACAGGGACACGAACGCAGAGGAAGACCACAGCUCAAAGCCCGACAGCACGGACGAAGAGGAGGACAAAGAUGUAAACGUUGUAGUGUCGAUGGACGACAAUGAAUCAAAGGUCAUGACCCUGAUCAUGGUGACUGUUCCUCUUGUGCUCAUCCUGUGCAUCCUCGUCCUCGUCUACGCCAUCCUCAGGACUCUGCAGAACAAAGAAACUCCGAGGGCCUUGGUGCACUGCAAGCGCUCGCUGCAGGACUGGGUGUGAAGAGGUAGAACAGGUGUUGAUCAGUUGUGUGGUGCUGUCGCUGGCAUCAAAUUUUUACACACGUGCGACUGAAAGAGGCUUUGAUGCAGUACUAAAGUCUAAGAAAGCUGAGGAAGAGUCACCUUUUUGAAUCCCAUUCAUUGUGAGAACUUGAAAUUAUCGUAAAGCUGGUGCCUCUGGACCUACAGUAUAAAUUUCCUUCUAAUGGCCUUGAGGUUUUAUUCCUGUGCCUCCCUUUGUGCCUUUCAGAUGUCUGACAACAUCUAUUUCUUAAAAAUCAUCCCUGUUUACAUCACAAUUUGAAAAAUCACCAAAUGUGUGCUGUAAAAGACACAAGACUAAUUAUACAAAGGAGGGACAGAUGGUGUAUUUGUAGUUUAAAUGCAGAAAAAGUCGAUAAUGCACAUACAUUAACCAGAAGCACACACACUGUACAUACACACAAACAUGUGCUUACAGCUUUUCAAACAAAAAACAAACGCAUUCACUAAUAAGAACAACUUUUUAGUCAACAAGUUUGACUUUUUCUUUCGGUUCAACACAGAGAAUUUGCACUUUUCGUUCGGUUUUUUGUUGUUUUUGUUUUGUUGAGGUUGCUUCAGUGCGGACGUGUGUGUGUGUGUGUGUGUUCGUGUAAACUGAGUUUAUCAAACACACACUCGCACACACACACACACUAGCAGGAGAGGCUUAUCCUUCGACCCAUGCAGGAAUGUCUGACAGCUGUGUGCGUCCAUGACUGCCCUACUCCCACUGAGCCCAUUUUGUCUGCGCUCACACUCUCACCAGUAUCACAUGAUCUAAAAAAAAAAAUAUCUCACUGCACUCAUGUGUGCAUGCAUGUCCACAUGUGCAGACACACAAACACACACGCACACACACACAGACAGAACGACCACUUCCCCAGACAAAGGCACAUAGAGUUUUUGCUCACAGACACACGGGCUCCAGCCUCCCUCUCCUCCCACCACAGCCACAAUAACUGUUCAGACUGCACCAUUAAAAACACGAUCCCAGCGGAGACACAUUGAUAUAUGACUGGUGUUGAGGCUCGAAUGAAAUAUAAGAGGGGUGGGGAGGGCAAUUUAAUCACUUUUAAAAGUAUAGAAUCAAAAAGCGUUGUGGUUUAUACAGAAUCUGCCCAUCAGCUCAACCUGACCUGUGAAGAGUAAAAGUCUCUCUCUCUAUCUCCUCUUCUCUUUUUCAUGCUAAAGCUGAACAGAGUCAAAGCUAAUUUAAGUGUGCAGCCUGCAGGCUGGAGAAGAAUGGAUCAGGGUCUGGUUUCCAUUAAAGCCACAUGUUGCUGAUUUAGUAUGUCAGGCACGGGAGAGAGGGGAGUGGAGGAAAAAUGCAAAAAGGGGGAGGUAAUAAAAGGAUGGUGAUGGGGAGGGAGAGAAAGAGGGAUUAAGGAGCAGAGAGGGAGGGGUGACCCAGCGUUUCAUUUCUGAGGGAAGGAGGGAGGUUGGAAGAAUGACGGGGAGGGGCAGCGCUGGCGUUGCAUCUCCUGACCUACAUUGGGUCAUGAAGUCCAAUCCUCUUUUUUCAACAUGUCUUGUUUUUGCUCUGCUUGUUGUCAUGAUCGAGAGAGGACUUCCUCUGUGACCCCCCUCCCUCCCUCGCUCCUCGAACCUUUUCUCUUUUCCUUUUGUUUUUCAGUCUGUACUUUUUUGUCUGAUUGCUGCUUCUGUCUAACGUAUUGAUGUUCUUCUUCAGCUCAAGCAUUUAAAAGAUGAUCCGUGCACACAAACAUCUGCAGGAUGUGAUGUGAUCCUGUAGUAAUGUGUAUUUCUCCAUUGGGCCUCUCACUCUCUGUCUGUCUCUGUUUACCUUUGUCUGUGUAAAGCCACUAUUCACAUGCUACAAUCAUUAACCUUUUCUUUAUAUCUUUGCCUUUACAUUGUGCUUGUAUUUUGUUUUACAUGUGUCGUUGUGCCUUAUAGCCCAAUUCAUGCCUCUGUGUCGGAUCUGCGCCGCAUCUCCGGCCUAGCUUUGAAACAGAACCGUGAAUCGGCCGUAUGUCUGAACAUUGGGGGGCUUUUUUUUGUUUUUUUUACUAUAAAUAGCAUGAGGGACCAUUUUAAAAGUGAGUUUCUUCUUCUUUUUUUUAAACUUUGCUUAUAAUUUGUAGUUUUGUACAUUUUGUAGAUUAUUACUACCAUGUUGAUGCAUGCAGGGCAUGUAGAGUCCAUUAAAUGAUUUCACAAUAAAACUCACAGGUAAA